UAUACAGUAAAUGUGAAAACUCGCCCAUGUAUAUUGAUAAUAAUGGAUAAAAAGAAACCGCUUCUUGUGUGUGUACACGCAUUGUGCAUGUUGUCUGUAAUUUCUGCACAGCAGACCGAUGGCCGAUGGCAAUCGAACGGUCCGUCCGUCUCGGAUAUCCUGCGGCAGAGCAGCAUUUUGGAGUCGGCUGUCAUGGACCUCUCUUCUGCCGCCGGCGAGUCUGUCAGUGGAUUUCCAGGCGCCCAUGGAGACAUCGGUCAUCGUGGACAUGCAUCUGGUUCAGGUUUUGGUCAGACUCCUAACGUUCAGCAAGGAGCCGUUGGUGGCCACCGCGCGCAUGAGUCACUUGGAAAUGCUCUGAUACAGCCGACAGGACCGCACGUGGAUCUCCCAGGGGAACACGGAAAUAAUAACCCGUUCGCAGUCGUCCACCGUGGCUCACAUCCGAUGACAUCAAGUGUCAACACAGCGGGUAGCGCGCUUGAAAAUGAACCCAGAUUCUUUCACGGACGAAACGUGCACCAUGGUACAUCGAAUUCCGGUAGCGACACAUUCGUUGAUCUUGUUUCUCUCGGGAAACCGAAUACACCAGCCAGUUUUCCACGUCUAAAUGACAUUUCGUCCAAGUCCCAAGAUGCGAGCAAUUCGCCGUUUCCAACUCUUGCAGAGGUAGAAGCCGAACUGAUGGCCAAGAGUGCGGCCGUCGCCCAUAGGGACGGAUUUCUCAACCCAGGUGAUGGAUUUGCUGUUACUGACGUAAUUGGUGAGACAUCAGGCGGGUCGCCAGUUCGAGACGUCCAUAUUGACAUGCCAGGACAGCACGGUAAUCAGGGGGGGCAGCCCGUCGUGCACAGAGAAGGUGGAGCUCAAUUAGGGAUCGGCCACGGUGACCUGCCUGGGCAACAUGGUAACGCUGGUGAGGCUAGCCGAGUGCCGCACCAAAUUGGGUCCGCCUUCCAUCAAGGAACGGGCGAUGUGCACAUUGACCUUCCCGGACAACACGGAAACACCGCCGGCUCUCCAGUUGUUCACAGGGAUGGGUCCGGCCACGGGGGUAUACCUAAUAACGGAGCGCGACAUGGUGGAAGCGUUCAUAUUGAUCUUCCCGGACAACACGGAAACACGGCAAAUAUGCCUGUCGUCCAUAGGGAGUCUGGAGUGCCACAUGGAAAUGUACACGUCGACCUACCUGGUCAGCACGGGAACAUGGAGACUGCUCCGGUCGUGCACCGGGAAGGGUUCCAGCCCGGAGGAAUUCUUCAGCAGGGAACCACGCUACCCCUUGGAAACGUGCACGUCGAUCUUCCGGGUCAGCAUGGGAACCAGGGUAUACAUCCACUCGUCCACAGGGAGGGUUUAGACACCGGCGUGGUACCCAAUCCCCAGAUGCACCACGGGACACCGGUAAAUGCACAUGUCGACCUUCCGGGCCAGCACGGGAACCCAUCCAAUACACCAGUCGUACAUAGAGAAAAUCCCAGCGGCAAUCCAAAUUCGGCUAUACCACUUGGUAGCUUCCAUAUAGACCUUCCGGGUCAGCAUGGAAACACGGCAGACGAGCCCAUUGUGCACAGAGAAGGAUUCCAUCAGAGUGGAAUGCAACCUGGAGUUUCGCUCAGUGACGUACAUGUAGAUCUUCCAGGUCAACACGGAAACGCUGUCGACUUUCCUGUUGUACACAGAGAGGGUGUAUCGCAAUCUGGUGGUUUACAGCCCGUUCCUCAUCUCGGUGACGUCCAUGUAGAUAUCCCUGGUCAACACGGAAACCAGGAAGGCGUUCCAAUUAUACACAGAGAGGGAGUAGGGCCGCCCACAGGCGGUUUUCAGCCUGGACGUCCGCUCGAUGGCGUUCAUGUAGAUCUUCCCGGUCAACACGGAAACCAAGGCAAUGUACCCGUUGUACACAGAGAGGAAGUGUCUCCAUCAGGUGGUUUACAUCCCGGAGUCCAUCUCGGUGACGUCCAUGUAGAUAUCCCUGGUCAACACGGAAACCAGGAAGGCGUUCCUAUUAUACACAGAGAGGGAGUAGGACCACCGACAGGCGGUUUUCAGCCUGGACGUCCGCUCGAUGGCGUUCAUGUAGAUCUUCCCGGUCAACACGUAAACCAGGAUGGAGUUCCUGUCGUGCAUAGAGAAGGAGUUUUGCCACCUGGUGUUCACGGGCCGCCGAUCCAUUUGCCUCCAGGUGGCGUUCACGGUGGAGGGCCGAACCAACACACCGGAAACUCUCCGGACCUCCAUUUAGACCGCUCUGUCCCUCACAUUGACGGACCUGGUCAACACGGAAACCCUUUGAAUGAGGACGCUGUUCACAUUCCUGACCGAGCCCCACCCUCAGGCAACCUGAAUCCAGCGCGCAGGUUUCCGUUUGGCCCUGUUGUUGGGACGGGAGUAUUCCUAGGAACGCCCAAUGUACCAGUCAGACCGAGAGGAGGUAGAGAUGGAACAGUGAGAAUCGUGCACGAUGGCAGAAAUAUUCUUGAUCAUGUGCAUCCGGAUGGAACAAGAUCAACAGGUUUAGGGGUCGUUGGUCAUGACAACGUAUUGAUGGGGCCUGGAAGAUGGCGCAUGCGAGGCCGCGGUCGAGGCCGCGGUCGUCGGUUUCGUGGUGGUAGAGGACGCCAUAUUGGACACAGCAUCUUGCCCACACCAACAGAUACGUCGCCAGUCACUGGUUCCGAUGGUGUCAGAUUGAUAGGCGUCGGGGGAAGCUCAAACCCACUGGCAUCGCUAAUGCGCUCCGUCCUGACUGGCGGAAAUGCAGGUGGUGGUUUGAUGGGCUCGCUUAGGCAGACAGCCUCUGGAGCCCGCGGUUUGCAGCGGGGGUAUCCGCCCAACCGCGGGUCGGGCAUGGUCAUGGUGAGGGGGUCGGGAAACCCAAUAGGCGAUCUCUUACAGUCUGUACUUGGAAGUGUGCUGGGAAAGCGAUAGGACUUAACAUGUCAAGUGUUACUAAUGUAUGUCAUUUAGAAAUCCUUCAUUAUAUAUACCUCAUACUAUAUAUAUAUAUAUAAAGUAUAGUUGAAUAAUUAUUAUAAUGGUGCACUUUUUGUAAAUUGAUAGAAUUUAUAAUGAUCAUAUUGCUUUUCACUUACUGUAGAAUUUUGAUAUGCAACCUACAGGAUCUGCGUAUCACACAAAUGAAUACCAGUACCUACUACAUGUAAUACAAAAACAAGCAGAUAAAGUUUAGUCAUGACGUCAUAUAAACUUGAUUUGAUUUUAAAUCACCAAAAAAGACGUGAAAUCUACCAUUCGGAACUCCUCGGCCAUUUUAUCGAAAACAACCUCGGAUGUAUUUGGACGGUUUACAUACUCAAAAAAUGGUACGUUAAAGUCCGCUGCAAGUAGAUCGCGUAGUAAUUUUAUUUAGCAUGCAAACUUUAUGACUUAACUCUUGAGAAUCUUAAUGAUGUUUGCAAUAAUUUACUUCAUUGGCAAUCAAUUUAAACUUAGAUCAAUAAAUGCAACUCUAAAACACUACAUUUAAUAAAUGAUAUAAUUCAAAAAAUUACGAACUACUUAAACUGAUGUACCGGCAUACAUCCGAGGUUGUUUUCGAUAAAAUGGCCGAGGAGUUCCGAAUGGAAAUCUACAGGAUGUGCAAACAACCAAAUAGUUAAAUGUGUUUAAUGUGUUUCCUAAGAUAUUAGUAAGCAAGAUUUAAUUAAAGAACGAACAAUAUGUCAUGACAAUUACUAAAAGUUAAAAGUAAUUGUCAUGACAUAUUGUACGUUCAUUAUGUUGAAUAUUGUAUGAUCAGUGAUAAGCCUGUCACGAUGUUUGUGCAAUUAAACGUAUGGAAACUAUUAAAGUUUUAUUAUUUUAUUGUCCAAUCUUGAACACGCACAUCUCACCGGUCACGUGGCCACAUCAUCGCAAGCUUGAAAAUGAUAUAGAUAUAAUUGAAAAAAGCACACUAUAUGUUAUGAAAAAAAAUGAAACUGUGUUCGAUUCGAACUUGUUUCUACGUGGAAAUGGAAUACAUUAAUCAGUUAGCCUAUCUUAUGAUUGCAAAUGAAUACUUUUUAUCUGUAUAUUUGAAAAACAAUAACGAUUCCAGAAAUAAAAUGACGACUAGGGUGUAUACAUAUGUUUGAACUUGUAUAGCAGUUGUUAUUUCAACAUUAAAAUACGAUUUUCUGUA